UACAAACCCAUCAAACUCUACCCAUAUCCAUCUAUUUGGAUUUCAUACCCAACCCAAUUGGGUUGGAUAGUAAGUAACUAGGGCUGUCAACCGGUCGGUUUCGGUUUAACCGAAAACCAAGAAACCGAGACCUGAUCAAUGCCAACCGCCAACCGACAGUCCCUAGAGCCCCGGUUAGCCGCAAACUGACUGGCCGGUUUUCGGUUCAGGUGCGGUUUAACCGGGGCAACCGAAACAUUGAUGGCCGGUUCGGUUUACCUUCCUAACCGACCGACAACCGACAAAAAACCAGCACAGAAUAGAAUAGAAGAGAGGCAAUUGGAAAGGAAGCAAGCAAAGUGGGAGAAAGAAAAAGAAGAAAAGCUAAAAAAGCAAGUGGCCGAUCGUGGUCUUCGAUUCCCAUCUACUCAAUUCCACCUCUUCUUAGCUUCAUGGGAUGUCUCUCCCCUUCCUCUUUUUCUUCUUUUUAACAAUGGAUUCACAUCUUCUCUGUGUAUCACACUCCUCCUCUUUUUCACAGAGCUGGGAAAAAUGGAUUCAUCUGGCAACAACAACUUGCAAUCCUCCGCCAGCGGCGGAGACGAAGAAGAGUACGAUUCAAGACCAAGACCUCCUCCGCCGCCGUCGCCGUCGUCGCUGCAACUAGAACACCACCACCAACAUCAUCAGCAGCGGGCAUCAAUAAAUUUCCUCAAUCCGUUCUCCUCAAAUCAACAAAACCCAAAUCCCCUUCUCUUCUCCCACCACCAAACAUCUCUAUUCAACCCAUCCCAAAACUUGUUCCAUCCCUUCCCCAAUCACCACCACCACCACCACCACCACCAACAACAACAACAACAUCAAUCUUCUCCGUCGCCUCCCCUUACUCCCGCCUCACCUCUUCGGCUCCUCCUCCUCCGCUCUUCACUCCGGGUUCGACUCUAUGAUCUACCCGCUCCGCCCCGAGCCCCACAAGCUUCACAAUCACCUCCCAUCAUCGUCAUCAUUUGCCUCCUCCCAUCCAUCCCAUACCAACAACACCUCCACCACCGCCACCGAUCUCCCCUCCGCUGUCGCGACGACGAUGGUGAAGGGAAAGGGCUGGUCUCUGUGACUAUUAGGCGAGAAGGGGGAAGGCGAGAAGGGGGAAGUGGGGCGGCGUCGGUGGACGUAGAUUGUCGACUGGUUUGGGAAUUGGUAGGAGGCUGCGAGGGGCGAGGGUGGAGUUGCUUAGGGUUAGUGGGGCGACGCUUUAAGGGGAAAGGGAAGGGGUCGGUUAGCCGGUUAACCGCCGGUUUCCAACCCCGGUUAGUCGCCUAACCGGACCCCUGCUACCACCCACCGCCAACCGACCGUCCUCUUCAGAAUCGGUUUUUCGGUUAGCCAAAAACUGGUCGGUUCGGUUGAAACCGUCCGGUUAACUACUAACCGAUAACCGUUCUGCCAGCCCUAUAAGAAACCCAUGGGCAUGGGCAAAGUUGUCAUCCCUAAUCUCAAGUAUACUUGUGUGGAUUAAGAGUCAUGCCUCAAUUCGACAUGCCGCCUCGAUACCAAGACAGCUUCAAUGGUGAAUUGUGAUGAAGAAAAUCCUUAACAUUUUGAAUGAAUGAGGAAUUAUCAA